AUGUAUGCGCCAAUCCAUACGUUGUUCAUGUUACCAUUAUGUUAUUUAUAUGACGACCCAGUCACUUUGUAUGUAACAUUUCGUCAAUUAUAUAUACGUUACUUUUACAAACUACAUACCAUAUCGGAUGAAAAUAGUGGUAUUUUAUGCUUAUGCCUGUUAUUUGAACGUUUGUUACAAAAUAAGGAGCCCGAGAUUUUCUUUCAUUUAAAAUCAUUUGGUGCACAACCUGUCCGUUUUAUAUUUAAAUGGCUAAUGCGUGCAUUCAGUGGCUUUUUGGCGCCUGACCAAGUACUUUUACUAUGGGAUAGAAUCCUUGGAUUUGAUUCUUUAGAAAUUUUAUCAGUUCUAGCUGUUGCUAUAUUCUCUUACCGUCGUACUAAUCUACUCCUGGUGAAAACAAGUGCAGAUGUUGAGGCAGUUUUAGCAGACUUGACAUCCGUACGAGUGAUCAGUCUUCUACAAAUGGUUAUGUUCACAAACUGA